UAAUGAAUUGGCGGGAAACAGUUGUAGAUAUUUUCUUUAUUACGAUUAUGACAGUGAAAACAAAACAACUUAGGGUUUUUCUUUUAACUAAUGUAGUCACCGUGAGAAUCGCUGCCCUGAAAACCGGACAUAUAUUUUUCCCGUGAAAAGCGUAGAUCCUAUGACUUAAGAUGAAAUAGUGAGAUCUAAUUACUUUAAUCAAAUUCAAAUAUUACGUACUGCUUUUUAAUCCCACAAACCAACCAGCCGUGACGUCAUAGUUUUAGUAGCAUAUGUGAUAAGUGAACUAUCCAGUUUGAAGGUGUACUUUGUAAUUCAAAACCAAAUUAUAUGUUUGACUCCUCCCAAACAGCCAUGGCAUCUCCUUGAGGAAAUCUAAACAUCAACUGUACUCAUGAAAAAUGCACCUAGAAGGCAAGGGUUAAAUUCUCCCGUUUUGUCCUGAAAUGACCUUUGUGUCAACAGGACAUUACACUAACCUACAGAAGUAGGUCGUGUUAUGCAUGAUCAUAUCGAUAACACACUGGUAUUUGUAACCUCUUGGACAGGACACAGCCAGCCUAACUUUUAUGAUGUAGAACCUGAUACAAAGAGGUAAGUCUAUUCAAUAAAUAGUCCCGUUCAGCUCAAUAGCCACUUACUUUAUAUCAUUGCCGAUUAUUCAAUAGGUUAGAUUAAACGACCUGCAUUAAGAUAUUCUUGAGACUUGUAUUUGUAUAGAGUCAGUGUAUCCGUGAAAAGAUAAAAACUAAAAAUCGUGGUAGCUUUAUUCUAAAUUAUGAUUUGUUUGUUUCGCAAAAUAUAAGUAAUAUAGUAAUAUUUUUCAAUUUUCAUAGCUGGGAAUUUUACAUUUCACAAUAAUGAUGAAUACGUAAUAUGUUGAACACAAAAUGUCAGUUUUGUAUUUAAUAACAGGAAAGAACAAUGGAGGUGGGAGUUAAAUGUGGUAUACAAUCUUAUGAUCACGACGCUGUUCCUAAGCAGGAUGUCGAUAUCAAAGACAAUGACAGUUCCAGCGAACACAAAUUGAAAGACAUAUCCGAUGAAUCAUCGAACUGUAAAAACACACAUUUGCAGAUCAUUCGAAGCGUGUGUGUUUCUUGUGCCUAUAUGGUUUUGGGCUGGACAAAAGGACAGAUCGGACCAGCCUUCCUUGACAUCCUGAUGAUUUCCGGAGCUAAUCUUGAAAAAGGGUCCGUUUUCAUGACGUCACUCUACGCAGGUCAAUUAAUUGGCUCUCUCCUCUCUGGUUUUGCUUUUGCUAAAAUGAACAAAUUCCUUUUAUUUGCUUUUACUUUAGCAUUGUACAGCCUUACAGUAGCAGCCAUUCCCUGGUGUUUCCUCUACGAACUAAUGGUAGCAGCAUUUGCAUUUCUUGGUGUCUGCGGUGGGAUUAUUGUAGUAGCUGUAGGUUCUGAGGUUGUGGAUAUUUGGGGUCCAACACCUCGAGGUCGUUCAUAUCUCAUGGUCAACAGUGUUGCAGCCGGCAUCGCAAGUGUAGUAGCGCCUUUGGUGACAGCUCCAUUUCUACAGAAGCAACCCAACUAUAACAGUGCCUGCACAUACAACAUUUCAUGGAAUUCAACUUCGUCUACGCCUACUUUAUAUUCAUACAUUAACAGAACUAUCCAAUCACGCCUGAAUGAUAUGGAGCUAUCAAUUGGAAACUCUACAUUGAAAACCGAAAGCGAUUCAAAGCUAUAUAUAGCAUAUACAAUAUCAGCAGUAUUAGGUUUGUUGACAGCUGUGCUCUUCUUCGUGUUGUUUUGUCAACCAGGACCAGUUAACGAACAGAAACAAAACAGUGGUAAAUUGGAAUUCAUUGGGAAACGCUCGAUAUUGGUUAAACGCUUACAAUUGUUCAACAUUGGAGUUUUCGGUCUGACACAAAGUGCGAUCGAUUUCACAUUCGCCGGAUAUCUUGCAGUAUUCUGUAUCAAUUAUCUUGGUUGGACAAAGACAUUAGGAGCUACUGUUACCUCUGUUGCCUUUUUCGCUAGACUUACUGGGACUUUUAGCGGAAUAUUCCUUGUAAGGUAUUUCCCCUCUCACCAGCUGUUGGUGAUAUCAACGAUUGCAUCCACUGUGGGAUUUAUCGGACUAACUAUCAGCGCGCAUGCGUAUGCUGAUGUUGGUAUAUGGAUAUCAGUAGGCGCAAUCGGUUUUCCGUUCGGUCUUAUGUGGCCAAGUUUGAUAAAUUGGAUAAAUAUAAACCUCAUUCCUUUUCGUAAUCAAAUAUCAGGCUCUCUGAGUUCCUGCGCCUAUCUAGGUGCCCUUCUGGUUCCUUUACUAAUUGGAUAUAUGAUGGCAGAAGUAUCUCUACUUUGGUUCUGUUACCUGUGUUGUUCAAUGUCUGUGGUACUAGUUAUUAAUGCUCUCCUCAUGUUACUUUACACAGGGCCCUCCGUUAAGAAGCAAUAA